GUGGGUCUCUGUCUUCGUACCCAGCUGUCUGUCUGUGUGUCUUGGUGACUGUGUGACUGUGUGGGUCUCUGUCUUCGUACCCAGCUGUCCGUCUGUGUGUCUUGGUGACUGUGUGACUGUGUGGGUCUCUGUCUUCGUACCCAGCUGUCUGUCUGUGUGUCUUGGUGACUGUGUGGGUCUCUGUCUUCGUACCCAGCUGUCCGUCUGUGUGUCUUGGUGACUGUGUGACUGUGUGGGUCUCUGUCUGAGAUCUUCUUACCCACCUGUCUGUCUGGGUGGCAGUCUGUCCGUCCCGCUCAUCCACAUGGGCAGGUGCCCCAGUGCCCCCGUCUGCCCGUCCACCCGCCCCCCUGCACCCCCAUGACUGAGUACUACGAGGAGGGGGGGCUCCUGUACGAGCGCAGCGCCCCCGUGAGGGUGAAGGUGGAAUCGCCGGAGCAGCUGCUCAAGGCUGGGGCUCUCUCAGAGGACGGGUUCCCCGGAGACGAGGAAGAGGAGGAGGAUGACGAGGCCGGCUGCGACAGGGACGGGGGGCCGGCUGGUGAGCUCCCCUUCAACGUGGUGGUGGUGCACCCCAACACGGUAGAGCCGGGGAUCCCCACAGAUGACUACACCCUCCCCGAGCAAAACGGCGCGGUCGCGGGGGGCAAGCGGAAGAGCCGCUUCAGCGGGGCGGAGCUGGAGGUGCUGGUGUCGGAGGUGACGAGCCGCGAGGGCGAGCUGUUCGGGCCGGCGGGCCGGCUGCGGCGCCGAGAGCGGGAGCGCAUCUGGGCCGACAUCCUGGAGCGCGUCAACGCCGUCUCCCGCGUGCCCCGCACCCUCCGCGAGGUCAAGAAGCGCUGGGACGACCUGAAGAGGCGCAACGGGGGCCGGCUGGCGGACGCCCGCCACCGCCGCCGCUGCCCGCCCCAGAGGGAGGCCCUCCCUGCGGGCCGCGGUGGGCCGGCGAGCCCCAGGCUUCAGGCCCGACACAGGCCCGGUACGGCCAGGGGCAAGGCCAGCACCGGAGUCUGCACUCCCGCGGCAGGGGCAGGUCUGGGGCUCCCAGCGGAGAGAGGGGACGAGGAGCGAGAGGGAGAUGAGGGAGUGGAGGAGCUGAAGGGAGGAGUGGGGGGGCAGGAGGAAGACGGCGGAGAGGAAGAAGGGGAGAGCACGGAGGACAGACUGGGCCUGGGGGUGGGCGUGGGGGUGGAGUUGGGACCCUCCUCUGCAGAGCGCUGGCUGCCGCCCUCCCCCCUCUACAGUGCCCCCUUUCUCAACGGGACGCCACACCCCAGCCCCCCGCCACCCCCCAUCCCGCCAGACCUUGUGGGGGCCCCUCGUGGCCCCUGGUUGGAGGAGGAGCUUCGUGGGCUGAGCGAGGCCGCAGUUCGCCUGGGGGACCAGGUGGAGCUGAGCCUGAGGGAGUGGGGGGAAGCUUUUCAGCGCGACGCGCGGACUCUCGCAGCCUCGCAGGAAGCCCUGGCCGCCAGCCUGCAGCAGAACAACAUCCUCCUGCAGAGGCUGCUGGGAAUUCUGGAGAGACAGCAGCCGCAACCCCAGCCCCCUCCUGCACCGCCACCACCCCCUGAUCUCCUGGAUGGUACAGCCCAGCCUGAUCCACUGCCAGCAGCAUCCGGGAGGAUCCAACGGCCACGGCGGGGGAGGCCAGGCGAUCAGAAGAGACGUCGAAGACGCCAUGUUUGAAAUCAAAACAGGAAAAGGACAACGACAAAAACUAUUUUGCCUUUUUCUUUUAUUUUAUUACCUUAAGAAGAUACUUGUUGAAUCUGCUGAUGGAGUAAAGUCCAGUCCAGCUUGGAGAGUCUCAGACUGCUCUGUCAGUGUCAGUGUGAGUCUGAUUAUAAUCCCAGUGAAUCACUAAUCCAGCUCCCAGUCCAGUCAGUCCAGUGCACUGGAGUGGUUAAGUCAUUUAUAUCGAAUGUUAAAAGACAAUCACUUGGCAGCUUCAGAAGUUCACUAGAGUCGACCUUUCGUUUUCAUAAAAGUGUGUUGAAGAUUUUAAA